AUGUCGGCAAAAAGGCGCACACUAGAGCUGGGCAAUGUCCUGGUGGUCGGAGGCUGUGGCUUCCUGGGGUGGCACAUUGUCGAUCACCUGCUGAAUUUCCCCUCCGAGACUGACCCCAGUUACGCUCUACCGAAGCCUGUCGGCGAUGCGCGCUUCGAGUAUCCGACUUUGAGAUCACGCUACCCGGAUUACCAAUCGACUGUCUCUGUUGUUGACUUGCGCACUACCAACAACCGUCUUCCCGGUGCUAAGUACUAUGAUGGCGAUAUCACCUCCGUCGAGUCCAUGUUGGACGUUUUUCGAGCUGUCAAGCCUGAUCUUGUGAUUCACACUGCGUCGCCAUCUAUGAUUGAGGGUAACAAGCCCCUGCUGCACAAGGUCAAUGUGGAGGGAACACGGACGCUCCUCGAGGUCGCCGGUGGGGAGCACGGUGACUGGGGUGGUAAGUGCAAGGCGUUCGUCUACACUAGCUCCAGCUCCGUAGUCCACGACACACAGAGUGAUCUGAAGAACGUCAAUGAGGAAUGGCCCUACAUCCGUGGUCCUGCACAGAAGGAGUACUACUCCGAGACUAAGGUGAGUCUUAGUUGGAAUCUCAAGCGGAGUUUUAAUUGGGAUCAAUCAUUAACCAGACCCCCUGCAUCUAUCAAGGCCGACGCCGAAGAAAUCGUCCUGAUGUACAACAAGAAGUCCCCCAACCAAAUGCUGACAGCCGCUAUCCGUCCGGCUGGAAUUCACGGAGAGAAGGAUACAACAGUCACACACAAGAUCCUAGAGCACGGAUCCCAAGCUUCAGAUAGAGUGUUGAGGAUGCAGCUUGGUGAUAACGACAAUCUGUUCGAUUUCACCUACGUCGGCAACGUGGCUUACGGUCACCUGCUUGCUGCACACCGGCUUCUCGCGAGCUAUGACCUACAUGCGGCUGGUAAGGGCGGGCCCCUCGACUACGAGCGUGUGGACGGUGAAGCUUUCAAUAUCACCAAUGAUUCCCCCGUCUAUUUCUGGGAUGUCACCCGUGCUAUGUGGGCUUUGAUCAACCGCGUCGUUGAGCCGGAACAGGUUUGGGCUCUGCCCGAGGGUCUCCUUGAGACUGUCGGUGGUCUAGCCGAGACUGUCAUGGGAUUGUUUGGCAAGACUCCGCGUCUCACUGCCCGGACAGUGCGAUACUCAUGUAUGACUCGCUACUACUCGACUGAGAAGGCCAAGCACCGCCUGGCUUACUUGCCUGUUGUGCCCUUGGAUGAGGGAAUUGCUCGUGCCGUUGGAUACAUUGUUGCCCAGCAUCAAGCGGUCACUGGAAAGAAAGCAUUAUAG